AGGUAUAUUUACGGUAUAAGGUACCUACGUCAUAUAGCAUAAAAUUGUUGUGCGCCCACGUAAGUAAGUAUAAGUUCGUCGUUGUUGCCGCCACCACGAGUCUUGUCGCGUGACGGCGGCGGUGGACAGUCGCGCGCGCGUUCGGCGUCCGCGUGGCGCGGCAGCGUCGGCCGGUGUGCGAGUACCGACACGCCGCCGGUGGACGACGGCCAGCGGCGAAGGCGACUAGCGAUUGGCCGGCAGGCGGAGUCGCCAACGCCCGGGCACUGCCGGCCGGUAGGCGUGGCCGCGGCCGCGUGGACGUGGCCAAACGCUCACGCACACACUUGCGGCUGCCAACGCACACACCAGCACCGGACACGGCCGGACGGCGGUAGUGCACGGCGGGCCGCGUGGGGCGGGCACAGACGCGCCUGCGCGCCCACGUACGCGCACGCACGCGAUCACGUCACACUGUCCGCGGGAACGUUUCGGCGGCGAUGCGUUUAGAGUAUCGCGCGCACUCCCACCGGGACGACCAUAGUCGCUGUGCACACGGGCCGAGAAUUUAUUUUUAUUGCAUAUCCUCAACGUUUCCUUGCAAGACGUCCCGUACGCGUCACACAACGGUAUACUAUUAUCAUGUCAUGGUACACUCGCGCCUGAUCGCCACUGCACCGCCGGGAAUAAAAUUUUCGUCAUUGUUAAAAAUUAAUUAAUUUUGUUCUACGGUUUUUUUUUUCUUUUCGUUUAUUAAUCUAUUACCGCGGGACGCCGGUCGUCCGACUAACGUCCACGUAUCAUACGCAAUAUAAUACAAUAUAUUUUAUAUUCAACACGCUUGCUGUUGCAGACCAACGAAUAUUAAUCCAGCAUUAAAAUUAUCACGUUAAACGCGAGCUCGCGGUCCGAAUACACAUCACCCGAUCGUACAUAUCGCGAACGCACGUUGACGGACACGUAUAGGACGGCGGUGGGCCCGGAAGGCAUCACGGUGGUGUCGACGGAAGAAGACGGACGGACGGUGGCCGGCGCCGGCUACUGGACGGGGGGCGCGACCGGCGGCGACGCUGACGCCGCGGUCGCGGCACCGUGGCAGUCAACGUUGGGCACGCUGGGUGGCGGUGGUGGCGGUGGCGGCGGCGUCGUUGUCGGCAAUGUCGGUAACGGCGGCGGUGGCAGCGUCGUCGGCGGUAACGGCGUCGUUGGUGGCGGCGGUGGCGGUGAACUGGACCCCGUGGCCGCGUGGGGCCGAAAGCUGUACGCCACGCCGGGCAACCAUCACCGGAACGCCACCGCGGCCGGCCUCAUGUUUGGCCUGCACCACCACCAUCACCAGGAUACCACGACGCCCGGUGGUAUAUCCGGACUGCACCACCAUCAUCACCAUCACCACCAUCACCAGCUCCGGGGCCCCGUCACAGGGCUCAAAGAAGAACCUUUGGCCAACUCGCAGCUGUCCGUUCCCCGUUCAUGGAUGCAACCUUCCAUCAUCGAUCAGAGCAGUAUCGGCGUGGGAAGGGCACAUUUCGAGAAGCAACCACCGAGCAAUCUGAGAAAAUCCAAUUUCUUUCAUUUCGUGAUCGCACUGUACGACAGGUCUCAGCAGCCAAUUGAAAUCGAACGGACCGCGUUCAUCGGAUUCAUCGAAAAGGAUCAGGAAUCCGAGUCGCAGAAGACCAACAACGGUAUUCAGUAUAGACUGCAGCUGUUGUAUGCUAACGGUGUGCGACAAGAACAAGACAUAUACGUGAGGCUCAUCGAUACCGUUACGAAACAGGCCAUCAUUUACGAGGGUCAAGACAAGAAUCCAGAGAUGUGCCGGGUGUUGCUUACGCACGAAGUCAUGUGCAGUCGUUGCUGUGAUAAGAAAAGUUGCGGUAACAGAAACGAAACGCCAUCCGAUCCGGUCAUCAUCGACAGAUUUUUCUUGAAGUUUUUCUUGAAAUGCAAUCAAAAUUGUUUGAAAAAUGCUGGCAAUCCCAGGGACAUGCGAAGGUUUCAAGUGGUCAUUUCGACACAAGUUACGGUUGAAGGUCCCUUGUUGGCCGUAUCGGAUAACAUGUUCGUACACAACAAUUCAAAACACGGACGCCGAGCAAAACGUUUAGACCCAAAUGACGGCAUGUUUUCUCCUCUGCCCGUGGCGACACCAUGUAUAAAACACAUUACACCGAGCGAAGGAUGGACCCACGGCGGAGCUUCGGUCACUAUAUUGGGUGAUAAUUUUUUCGACGGGUUGCAAGUGGUUUUCGGUAGCAAUCUAGUUUGGAGCGAACUAUUGACUCCACACGCCAUACAAGUGCAAACACCGCCCAGGCCCAUACCUGGCAUCGUGGAGGUAACGUUGUCGUAUAAAUCCAAACAGUUUUGCAAAGGAUCGCCCGGCAGAUUCGCGUACAUAUCACUCAGCGAACCGACCAUCGAUUACGGUUUCCAAAGACUACAAAAAUUCGUACCCAGAUAUCCAGGAGAUCCUGAAAAACUACCAAAGGAAGUGAUCCUGAAGCGGGCCGCGGAUUUGGCGGAAGCACUGUAUACGAUGCCCCGAAACAAUCAGCUGUCACUGUCGCUGCCCAGGUCACCGUGCUCGCGGGACAGAGAUGGCAACAACAUGUCGACGACGGCGGGGGCGGUGGGCACCGGGUUUAACCCGUACACCGGACAGUUAGCGGUGACGGUUCACGACCACGGUGCAAGUGGUCAAUGGAACGACGACGAUUACGGACGCGGUCAGAGCAGCAGCGUGUCGCCCCGAGGCGGCGGUUACGGGUCCAGCGCAUCGACACCGCACUCGACCAACGGCACGAACGGAAGCACGUACAUAAAUCCGCCACCGACCAGUGGAGGAGGCGGUGGCGGAGGUGGUGGAGGUGGUGGAAGUGGAGGUGGUGGCGGAGGCGGCGGAAACCCGUCCAAUUCCGGUCCCAACAACGGUAACGGGGGAAAUUCCGGUUACAAUGGUUCUGCCAUGCCCAACACCACGUCGGCUGCGUCGUCUGUUCAGCUGACCAACAUGAACUCGCCCACGGCCACCUCGCACCCGUCGCUAUUCAACUCUUCUUCGAGAAUGGGCACUUUGGUUACAUCUCCGUUUGCAAUGAAUCCGUUCGCUCUACCUAACUGCAACGGACAGCCGUACGCCACAAGCCCGUUAAUCAGCUCGUCAGCGAAAUAAAUAUAAAAGACACAAUGCGCCUUUAAAGUAGUGUCGAUUAUGUUUUCUAGUAUAGUUGUCAAACUUAAUCGACUGUACACACCGAUCCGAGAACACGACACUUCCGCAUAAUAGGUUUACAAUACGCAUUGUUAUUAUUAAAAACAUUUAAUCAUUAUUUAUUAUUAUUAUUAUUAUUAUUGUUAUUAUAAUUAUUAUUAUUACAGUCCGGAUUUUUAUUCUGCGAGUACACCUAAAAUAAUAUGUUUGUAUAAUAUUAAUUAUUAUACAAUAUUAAAUCUCAAACAGAUCAAUUAAAUGUGACGCAUGUAAAGAUAUCUCCGAUGAAUGUAAAUUCUUCGUUGUUUAAACUCGAAAACGACUUUCAUACUAUUUAUUUAUUUUUUAAGAGUAGGUAUAAUGAUGUAACUACUGUUAAAUAUAUAAUUUAAAAUGCACAUUCUACUACCUAUGAAUAAACAUGAUUAAAUCACUAUCGACGUUUUAAAUAAAAUUAUCGGAUCAGUGUGUUGGAAUGAAAAUAAUUAUUAUCUCAGGUUCAAAAAAUACUCCGUUACCGAUCCUAUUUACAUAAUUAAAGACCACGAAGAUGUGAUGCACUAUACAUAACAUUUUUAUUCAUAAAUACUACUUAUAAAUGAAGGUCCGUGUUUUCGAUUUUUACUACGAGACCAUAAUAGAAAAAUGGGAAAACGUCUAUACAACUUCUUCAUAUACAAAUUAUUCAUACAAAACCACAUAUUAUGGAACAUUUAUUAUCACUAUUUAAAAUAAUUUUAUAUGACCUCUGUAAUAAAAAAAAAAUUAAUUAAAAUAUAAAAUAUAAAAUCUACACAAUGUUUAUAGUAUCAUGAUAAAAUAACAUAACAUGAUGGCAACAAACUGACAUAUCGUUGGGUCUUGCGUUUUAUACUUGUAUCCAGUUUGCCUCAUAAUACACUAUAAAAUACACACAUAUAUAUAUAUGUAAUAUGUAUAUAUAUUAAUCAUGACAACCAAUGAAUAGCGGUGCACUGGAUACUGGUGGUCGGUAUAUUAAGAGCAUGCGUAUGAUUAAAUUUUCAUCAUACCACGUUAUUUUAUCAUAGUAUUAUAUAAUAUUAUAAGUGUGAACAGCUGUAUACAUUUAUAAAUUAUAAUAAGUAAAAUCAUAAAAAAUCCGGACAAUAAUUUAUUAUUAUAGUCGGCAUAAUAAUAAUUGUUGUCACCUAAUGGUGUAGGACAUUUUUGAUUCUGUCUUACUGACCAACAUAUUAUUAUGUAAUAAAUAAAAAUAAUAAUGACAAUUUAAAUAUUAAAUUUUAAUGAAUUUCGAUAACACUAUUUUUGUAUAAAAAAAAAAUAUAUAUAUAUUAUAUUGUAUUUAGAAAUCCUAUUGUAAACUAUAUUCUAUUUAAUCUUAUAUUAUUAUAUGUUGUAUGAUAAUACAUUCUGUUCUUUGUUUCUUUUUAUUUUCAAAAUAUUUUGUUGUUCUUUUUAAUUAUGUAUGUAAUUUUCGUUUUGUGUAUAGUUUCUUAAAAUUAAUAAUGAUUUUUUUAUCUAGUCUAAUUGUAAAAAUAUAUAAUGAGUUAAGUUGAAAUUUCCUCGCAAAACCACGUAUUUUAUUGCAGUAACCCGAAGCGAAUGUAAUACAUUUUAGAACAUAAUAAUCCUACAAAUGAAAUAAUUUAUAUAAUAUUUUAUGUAUACAAAAUUAUUAAAAAAAAUUUUUUUUGUGAUAAUCUGACAUACUAAUAAUAAUAAUUUCCCAUGUCUUAAAAAUAUUAUUGUUAACUUCGAUAUAAAUAUAAUUCGAUAUGGUCAUAUAUUAUAAUAUGUAAUAAUAUUGUCCAUAACGAUUGAAACAAUUACAUAUCAUACGAGCUUUGUUUGCUCUAUACAAUUUAUGUAAAAAAAAAAAAAAAAUGAAAAAAUACUAUUGUUAUUAUUUAGUGUAUAUUAUAUUAUAUAUUAUACAUAAAUAUAUAUAACAAUAUAUAUUAUAUAUAAUUUUAUAUUAUAUAAACACUUUAGUUUCUUAUCAGCUUCUGUAAUUAGUACAGCGUCUUAUAACAUAAUAU